ACUUUGCAAUUCCCAAUCUUCUCCUAACUUACUCCUUUAACCCUAAACAUAACAUAAGCAUUUGUAAUGGGUCAUCUUGUGAAAUGCGUCGCUGGGAAAUCAACCCACAUCAGAUCUUUGCUAUCGAAUCGUUGGAGUCGUACAUCAUCUACGGUUGUUGUCCCUGUUGAUGCCAUAACAACAUUUGUCUCCAAGACUGAUAUGCAGGAAAAAUCGCGGCUUCAAGAAAAGCGUUAUUCAGCAUUUAAAGGUGAAAUCCAAAAGUUACAGGAAAUUCGCUUCUCAGACCUGAAAAGGGAAAACCAAAACCUUCGUCGUGAAGUUGAACUUCAGAUUACAAACUGUGAAGAAAAUGACAAAGUGUCGUCAAGGGACCUUACUGAAGCUUUAAGAACUGAACGAGCACACCUUGUGAAGGAAAUUCAACUGUUAAGUACCAAAUUUGAGACAUUGGAGGCCAAUCUACCACCGAAGAUCAAGGCAUAUAGCUCUGUAGUUGAAGAAAACAGAGGUAGAACAAUCAAGGCCUGCAAGUUCGCCGUACGUUUAGCAAUUGCAGGGUUUAUUCCUUUUGUGAUUGUCCCUGAGCUAUUGCCCUAUAUGGGGUUGUAAUAGAUGACUAUGAUUCAUCAUGAUGCAUCAAUCAAGACAUCAAGUAUGUGCUAUUGGUGUGCUACACCAAUAUAAGACAUAAGUAUGUGAUUACGGUUUAUUAUGGACGUAACCUUCUAAAAUGAAAAAAAAUAUAUAUAUAAUGAUAUGGAUAUAAUAUGAAUGAACAUAAUUUUUGUGUGUUA